AUGUUAGCCUAUGGCAUGGCUGCAGACGCUGUUGAUGAAUACGUUCGAAUCAGUCAGUCAACCGCUCGAGUUGCCCUACAACGUUUUUGUGCCGGGGUCAUUGACCAGUUCGGAACCGAGUACAUGCGAAACCCUACAACUGAUGAAUUGGCCCGGAUACUGCAUCAAAAUGAAAUGCGUGGUUUUCCAGGCAUGAUAGGCAGCAUUGAUUGCAUGCAUUGGGAAUGGAAGAACUGUCCAACGGCUUGGAAAGCGCAGUACGCCGGUAGGAACAAGAAAGCAACGCUAAUACUGGAAGCCGUUGCGGAUCAGGAUUUAUGGAUAUGGCAUUCCUUCUUUGGUAUUCCCGGAUCUUGUAAUGAUCUUAAUGUGUUGUACCGUUCACCAGUGUUCGAUGAGGUUCUGCAUGGUCGAGCUCCUCCGGUAAAUUUUACGGUUAACGGCCAUGAAUACAACAUGGCUUAUUAUUUAGCCGACGGCAUUUAUCCGAAGUGGGCAACUUUUGUUCAGGGUAUCACAUUCCCUCAACUGGCCAAAGAUAAAAUGUUCGCUGACCACCAGGCUGCCGCUCGAAAGGACGUUGAAAGAGCUUUCGGUGUGUUGCAAGCUCGAUUUGCAAUAAUACGAAAACCGUCGCUGGCGUACGAUGAGGACAUACUGCGGGACAUAAUGAAAGCAUGUAUCAUUAUGCACAACAUGAUUGUUGAAGAUGAGCGCCACAACUACACUCGAGCCGAAGUUCUAAGAGCCUUCUACGAAGAAGAUCAACAAGAAUCAACACCAGCAUCAACAUCUACAACGCCACCGUUUGAAUUCAACGUAGGCCGACCUACCAACUUUGAUUUCAACGCAUUUCUACAGCGAAAAGCUUCCCUCCGUGACAGAGAAAUUCAUCUAUCUCUGAAACGUGAUUUAGUCGAACAUAUUUGGCAACACUACGGGCCACAUUUCAUUCUUUUGUUGGCUGGUAUGCUUCAUUUGUUAGCUGAUAUGUUCAUUUUAUUGGUUGAUAAGCAACUUUUUGCGGCUGAUAUAUUCCUUUUAUUGGCUAAUAUGUAA